AUGGACACCACUUCACAGCGAGGUGCCAGUACUUCUGUCGGCACGUCGCAGGAAGAGCGGGACCGCAAUGUGUUGCGUCUCGCUCCAGAAAAGAAGGCAUGGAUGCCUCCUAAAUCUGUCAUGGAUCACUUGUCGGCGACGACGAGUGAUCGUUAUCGAACACGAUUGUUCGAUUCGUCGAGGAUUCAUCACCUUGACCCCAGCGCGAAAGACUAUCGCGCUGAACAUGAGUUCUUCAUCGAUGCUUUCUUCAGACAUCGAUGGUACAGUGGGAAUCACAAACGUGAUGGUCCCUCACUACUUCAGGCGUGGAACGCCUACAUCCAUAAUCUCGAGGAUGUAGGUCGUGACGCUUGGAACGACAAACUUAUCAAAGCUCGUGAUAAGUUUGAAAAGCGAACCCCGACAGGUGCACGCUAUAAGCUGCAUCGUCUGUCAAGGGAGAAAGGAUUACCCUGCCUCUCUUGGGGAGACUCGUGCCCAUGUUGUGUGAACAACUCUGCACGAGCACCUAAGGAGGCUUACCUCCUUACCAGCCCGUGGUGGCGCGUACGUGUCUCUACUGAGAUGUACGAAGGGAUUGACAACCUGAAAUCCCUUUACGACCGUGCCGGGAAGACUUUCUCCGGCGGUCCUUCUGCGGCACAGGAUGUGUCGCGUCGUACUGCUCGACCAGACCCAGUACGUCAACCAUCAAUUGGGAGCGGGGCUCCCAAGAAUCCCAGGACGGGGGAUAGCCGCGCCACCGGACGAGGUAACUCGUCCGACGUCCGUUCACGUCGCGGUGGUUCAACAGCUGCUCUACUAGAUAGCGCUGGCCACCGCGAGAGUCCUCUAAUGGAGGUGGAGGAGGAGGAAAGACGCUCUCCACACGAUCAUGUGGAUCGGUGUGUUCCCGAGAGCUUCUUUGAUCGCGUAACGCAAGGGUUACGCGACGAUCUCGAGCAUGAGCGGAAUAAGCGUCUCCAGAUGGUGGACACUGCCUCGAAGCAUCGAGCUGAGUUUGCCUUUGCUCAGCUUGAGAACGAGAGAUCUCUGACAUUCUUCGUGACGAGCUAA